UCCUCCUCCUCUGGGAAACGUGGCUGGCUGCAUCCGCACUGCAGGAAUAAACCCGCUCUGACGCCGCUUUAACUGCCGUGCCUCUCAGUGCUUCCAGGGAACCCUGUGAUAGAGGCCUUUCCUGCAGAUCAGCCUCCCUUCCACUGACACGGAGGGCUCCUGUCUGCCCCAAAAGAUCUCUAGUCGCCUCAAAUAUGCCUUAUCUCCACUCAUUUUUAAUUGCAUAUUGCUGUUAUGUAAUUAUAAUAUUAUAGAAAUGACAAUCUUAUUAUGGAAGUGUUUCCAUCGAAUUACAAAUGGCAAGCUGUUGCAGCAAAGGACAAUGACCCUCUAUAACCAGACCCAUGGUUUUCAGGAGGAUAAAAUUAAAGCUAAACUCCAGCAGUUCAGUGGUGGAUCUGUUGACCUUUCUAAAGAAGAUGAUGGCAUUGGGAUACUCACACUAAACAACCCAAGGUUUAUGAAUGCAUUUACAGGAACGAUGAUGAUAGAACUACAGCAGCAAAUUGCUGAAUUGGAAAACUGGAAGGAUGGGAAAGGGCUUAUUGUCCAUGGUACAGAAAAUACGUUUUGCUCAGGAUCUGAUCUGAAUGCUGUCAGAGCACUGUCCAGCCCUCAGGAUGGGAUGAACAUGUGUAUGUUCAUGCAGAAUAUCUUAACCAGGCUCAUGAGGCUGCCUUUAAUUACAGUUGCGUUGAUUCAAGGAAAAGCUCUUGGAGGAGGAGCAGAACUAACCACUGCAUGUGACUUCAGGUUAAUGACCUUGGAGAGUAAAGUGAGAUUUGUCCACAAGCAAAUGGGCUUAGUGCCAGGCUGGGGGGGAGCUGCCAGGCUUGUAAGAAUCCUUGGCAGCAGCCUUGCCCUCCAGUUGCUAAGUGGGGCCGAGAAAGUGGAUCCAGAGAGGGCCCUUCGUCUUGGCCUGGUAGAAGCUGUACUGCCCUCAUCAGAGGAACCUGGAUCUUUACAAGAAGCACGCAUCUGGCUCCAUCCGUACACCAAGGGCCCGGCUGAAGUAAUUCAGGCUAUGAAGAAAAUCAUUUCAGCAGGAAGGGAGCUACAGUUAGAAGGUGCCUUGAGGACAGAAAAAGAGAUCUUUGGAACUGUUUGGGGUGGUCCUGCCAACUUGCAUGCCUUGGCUCAGAGAACAAAACAUAAAUGAAUAAUGCAUAAAA